GUUUUUGCAUCGCAACCGAGCAUAAAACAAAAAAAAACAAUAAACAAAGGACCAGACAGCACUGCAUUCGUCAAUCAACCGAGCAAGCAUCAACUACCAUUACUCCCGCCACAUUUUAAGACACAUUUACCGCCAAAGCCGCACAGACCUCACUACCAUUCAUUACUCUGCACCUCCACUAACCGGUGCAUCGCGACACUAGCGUUCCAAAUUUGAAAUUUUGAAUUUCCGAGUCGGCCAUUUUGGAGCUGUCAGUUUUGCGCGCGAAGUGUUUUUUUUAAUCGUGUUGUUUUUGUGGAUGCCAGUUAGAUUUGUUUGCGCUGAGUUCCAGGCUACAGGAUGUCCCAAAACUGCAAGACCACGUACACGGCUGCGACCACGCGAGACGCGAACAACAACACCCUGUACCACGGGGGCGCGCAGGGCUACGGGAGGGGGUACGGGCCCCCCACUAUGGGGACUAAUGGGAACUUUCAGCAAAUGACAGCGAAAGUCCUUUUCGGAAGCGUGACUUCGAUCAACGAACUCAAGCUGCAGGGCCUGCAGGAGAAGGCUGAGCGGGAGGUGCGGCGGACGCACUAGCGCCACCUAGCGGCAGACCGAAAUGUGAUACGAGUGAGAGAGAUGGAAAGUCGUGAUCUCGAGAGUUCGUCCAUUACGAAAAUAUAAUAGAGUCUAGUUAAAAUAUAAGAGAUACUUUAAUGUACCUACUUUAGAAGACUUUAUACUCACUAGAAUA